AUGGCCUUCUCUUCCGAUCCUCCAGUGAUUGCCGCCGCCAGACAGAUUGCCACCGAGUUCGAGUACCCCGCAGUCGAUGUCAAUCGGGGCGUGAAGGAGUUCCUCUCCGAAAUGGAAGCUGGACUGACAUCGAAGAACUCGACCCUGAGCCAAAUCCCAUCCUACAUCACUUCAGUGCCCAAUGGCAGUGAAAAGGGCGUUUAUUUGGCGAUUGACCUGGGUGGAACCAAUCUUCGCGUCUGUUCCGUCCACUUGAAUGGAGAUUCGACGUUUAGCAUUGUGCAGAGCAAAGCAGUGGUCCCGCACGAGCUGAUGGUGGCCAAGUCUGGUUCAAUGCUUUUCGACUUCAUCGCGGAGAGAAUAGAACAAUUCUUAAAGGAGCACCAUGAAGAGCGCUAUGCGUCCCAUGUUACAAAGCAGAAACCUGGCGAAGUAAACCGCAAAGACGAGGAGACAUUUGAUUUGGGCUUUACCUUCAGUUUCCCCGUAUUCCAGACAGCUAUCAACAAGGGCAGUCUAUAUCGUUGGACCAAAGGGUAUGAUAUCAAGGAGGUGGUUGGCCAAGAUGUGUGCAAGUUCUUACAAGACGCCAUUGACAAGCGACACUUGCCAGUUAAAGUCGCUGCCCUGAUCAAUGACACCGUAGGUACCUUGAUGGCGCGAUCCUAUUCCUGUCAUGACUGUUCUAAGGCUCUGGUGGGCGCGAUCUUUGGAACGGGGACAAACGGCGCAUAUGUAGAGAAACUGGACCGCAUCAAGAAGCUGGAGCAAGAAGACGGCAAUUCAUUUGAUAAGACCACCGGCGAGAUGGUCAUCAACACGGAAUGGGGUAGCUUCGACAACCCUUUGAGUGUGCUUCCGGAUACUCCCCAUGACCGCGAGCUCGACCGUAUCAGCAAUAAUCCGGGUGUCCAAAUGUUUGAAAAGCGGGUAUCGGGAAUGUUCCUGGGUGAGAUUCUUCGUUGCGCUAUGAUUCAUAUGACAAAGAACGCCGGUCUAGAACUGUGCGGUGGGCCAAGCGUGAUCCCAAAAACUUCCGCGCUCUAUGAGAACUGGGGUAUCGAUACGAAGUUCCUUUCGACAGUCGAAGGCGAUACUUCGGAUGAUCUCCGGGACGUCAAGCAGGCGUUGAAGGCCGAACUCGCGAUCGAGCACGCCAGCACCGACGACUGCCGGGCCAUCAAAAUCAUGACCCACGCCAUCGGGAGACGAGCAGCACGGUUGAGCGCCGUACCGCUCGCCGCCAUCAUCAUCUCCAGCGGGCAGCUGGCGACGGAGGACAUGAUCGACAUUGGCGUUGAUGGCAGCCUGGUCGAAUUCUACCCGGGUUACCAAGACUACAUCCGUGAGGCAUGGCGCGAGAUCCCUGAGAUCGGCGACGCGGGAGAUAAGAAGAUCCAGAUUGGGAUUGCUAAGGACGGGAGCGGUGUGGGCGCCGCCUUGGGCGCCUUGGUCGCCAGCCAGGCGGAGAAGAGACAGCGGGCGCAAUAA